AUGCAUAUUAAAAGGUUCCCCGGGAAACCAAUAGUUGAACAUGACUUCGCGGCAAACAAAAGCUUCGAGGGGGAGGGUAGUCAGCAUAUUGAGGCCGAAACAGAGACGUGCGAGGUUUACGAGCGGGUUUGCGGCGGGGAAAUUGUUGAGCACGUUGCCGAGGGUGCGGGUUCCGAAGGUGAGGAAUCCCGAGAGCGCCAUGAGGAGACAGGCGAGCAUGGAUAUGCUGGUGCUGUAGUGGGUUACGGUGGUGAAGCGGUCGAUGGUGGGGGUGUGGAGGGAACCGUAGAUUAG